CAUCUAUUUCAUAAAAUGAUCUUUAUUUAGCUAAUUUUUAUGUGUGUGUCUUUUAAGAUGUGAAUCCCUAAACUGAGACUGGAGAACAGAAGUUACUUUGUUUAGACAUUUUAGAGAAUAUAUCCAGAAGUCAUAUAUUCACACCAUUUCACAGUACUUUUCAGUAUAAUGCCUUAUCAGUGGGAUAUACUAACGUCAGACAACUUCAAGCCAGAAAAUAUGGCCCUUCCCGCAUUCACAGCUGCCUAAUUUCUAAUCUGUCCAGCAGAUCCAUUUAAAUGAUUACAAAUCUCCAUAAUUUUAAAUACAAAUAAAUUUGUCUAUUUUUACAACAGUGUUUGAAAUAAACUGAAAUAAAUCCUAUUUAGCUUUAUACAGAAUUUUAGGUGUUUGAAUUAUAAUAGAAUUUUACAUAUUAAUAUAAAAUAAGUCACAUUUUGUUUUGGACAGAAUUUGAGAUGUUUGAAUAAUAAUAAUACUAGAAUUUUAAAGACUUGUUAGAAAGUUACCUAGCAACAAGCCAGGUAGGUGCUUUAACUUUUUUUGAAGUGUGUUCACAAUUUUGCGAUGUCUGAAGCGAUCAACGCAAAAGGAAGCGUUCAAGACUGGAUCUCAAAGGACCCCGGACAAAAACCACCAAGGUAUGUACCCAAGCGCCUGGCAACUAUUCUGCUUGAUCAGAAGCCAAACAAACAGGCUUGGAAGACGAUGGGACCAGCAAAACUUGAAUUGCCUUCUCCAUCGAACUACCUCAAGAAAAACGCAAAGCGCCCCAAAGCUCCUGAGAGGACAGGGACUGAAGGCAUCCAGAAAACCAGUACUAUCACUGCAGUAAGGCCACCGCUCCAUGUACGGGCCAACUACCCACUGAGUCCAAUCAAGAGGGGUGUCAUACAGACAGCUGAUGUGAAGCCUAAGCCCUCUCAUGUAGACUUUGCACAGACACACAAACAGCUUCUCCAAAGCGCUGGACUUAGCCCCAAAUAUGUCAUGAAAAAGGAUUUUGGUCAGGUACCCAUGUACUUGCAGCAGCGCCGUGCAGCUGAACAGCAGGCUAGGGAUGACCUGGAGAGACUUGAAAAGGAGAAGCAGGCCACACGACAAGUGUCAGAGGACGAGCGAAAAGCUGCCCUGGAGGGCUUGAAGAAGAAAUGGCAUGAAGUGCAUCAUGAAUAUCAGGGCCUUCCUUUCAUCCUAUACACCCCAUCGCAGAAAGCCCGCAAGAUCCACAUGGAGGAGCAACUGACUGAACUGGAGAAGCACAUAAGACUGCUUGAAAAGUUCAAAACCAUCUACAUUUCUGAUGCAGAUGCCGGUGGAUGUCCUUAACCCCUGAGACUCCAGAUAUAUUAAAAAAAUAAAACGUU